CAGAGACAACACUUUUUACACACAAACCCUCAAUCAUGUUCGAAGCACGCCUCGCACAAAGCAAUCUCAUGAAGAAGAUUCUUGACGCCAUCAAGGAUUUGAUCACUGAGGCCAACCUCGAGAUUUCCAGCGGCGGUAUUUCCCUCCAGGGCAUGGACAGCUCGCACGUCAGUCUCGUCGCCCUCCUUAUGCGCUCGGACGGCUUCUCGCCCUUCCGCUGCGACCGCAACCUGACUCUUGGUGUCAACCUGCAAGCGAUGGCCAAGCUCAUGAAGUGCGCCUCUAACGACGAUAUUCUCACAAUGACUGCCGAGGACAACUCUGACACGCUCAACCUGCAGUUCGAGAGCCCCGCCCAAGACAAGCUCUCCGAAUUCGAAAUGAAGCUUAUGGACAUUGACUCGGAGCACCUGGGCAUCCCCGAAACCGAAUACGACGCCGUUAUCCGCAUGCCUUCGAGCGAAUUCCAACGCAUUUGCCGCGAUCUCGGCGCUGGUAUUGGCGGCGAGUCUGUCACGAUCGCUUGCACCAAGGAGGGCGUCAAGUUCUCCGUCACUGGCUCGGUCGGCUCUGGCAGCAUCACCCUUAAGCAGACUGGCAGCGUCGACAAGCCUGCCGAGUCGGUUGUCAUCAACAUGGCCCAGCCUGUCACUCUGAUUUUUGCUCUUCGCUACCUCAACUCGUUCGCCAAGGCCACUCCCCUCUCCGAGUCUGUUUCGCUUUCCAUGUCUCGCGAGGUGCCGCUGGUUGUCGAGUACAAGAUGAACGACACUGGCUAUGUUCGCUUCUACCUUGCCCCCAAGCUCGAGGACGAGGAGAACCAAGAAACCGAAGCCGAGGCAGAGGACCGACCCAACAAGGGCUCCAAGUCAAAGAAGGCCAAGGAGGAGGAUGCCAUGGAGGAGGACGAUUAAGUCCACGAAAAUGGCUUCUACCUUAGUUUUGUUUGUCUUUUGUUGCACAUUUUUUUUGGCAUUGGUUGUCCUUAGGCCCAAGGGUCAGCCUCCCCUUUCGAACGAAUGCACACCUUUUUUCGUCUUGAUUGCAUGUUUUGUAACAUUGAAUUUUUGAUUUGCGAUUUUCUACAUCA